UGAAUGUGCUUAAUGAGUUUAACAUGCAGCAGCUUGGUCGGUGAGGGGAACGCACACAGCAGUGCCCGCCGAGGUGCCCAGAAAGUGGGGUGCUGAACGAGCAUGGGAUAUAAGUCGUGGGUCCGAGUGGCCAGAUGCCAGCUCCUCGUCAUCUGCCUCUUUAUUAUGGUCCUGUCAGUCGGUUUUGCCUGUCUGACUAUAAUAACUGGGUUGGGCUCUCACUUCACCACAUUUACAGAGGCUUCCCCAGCUGACAAUCCAAUCAGAGAUCUGCAUUCCACCAUGAUCCUGUACGGCAGCUUUAUAUGCGGACUGCUCCUUCUCACCCUCUUACUCAGCACCAUGUCUGUUUUACGGGAAUCCCAGUACCUCAUGGCGACCGCUUUCGUUGGGUUUGGCUUCCUGUUCUGCGCUCUCAUGGCUGGACUGUCUUGGACACAAGCGUGUCAGAAUCAGGUUGACGCCUCCGUCUUGGAUGUCUAUGAUGAUCUCUAUGAUCAGGCUCUUACAGGAUAUCCCAAGGAUACACAGGAACAUCUUUUACAUGUUCAUAAAAUAUUUCAAUGCUGCGGGAAGACCUUGGAACAGCAGAAGAUAUCUACGACACACAUUACGUGCAGCCAUACAGAUGGCAAGGACUGUGUGUCAGUAAUCUCUGAUAUCCUGCGCCUACACUGGUUUUGGGUCAGGACUUUGUUGCUCUCCUCACUGGGACUGACGGUAUACGGCAUGGUGCUGUCAUCUUUCCUUUACUUCUCCCUACCAAGAGGAAACAUGUGGGAGAGAAGAGGAGAGUAUAGCUUAAAUGGUGGUUUAAUAUCACCUCCGAACUCAACAGUAGACACCCCCCUUAUUCAGCUGAUGCCCUACCGGUCUGCACAAUGAGCAUUGUAUAAGUAUGUUGCUUAGUAAGAAUACAGAGGUAGCCUUAAAGGUUAUCCCAUGAUUAAUAUAAAAAAUGAAAAUCAGACAUCACAUAGUACAUGACAAUCUCUUUCUAACAAAGCUAGAACCAGCCCUGUACCUCACAUGGAUCCAGAGAUCUCCACAUUC